CGCGGAACCUCCGUGCGCGGCGUGAGGAGCCGGGCGGGCGGGCAGUGCGGCGGCACGAUGAGCACGAAGCAGGUGACGUGCAGGUACUACUUGCAGGGCGUGUGUCGGGAGGGAAGCAAGUGUCAGUUCUCCCAUGAUUUGGCCACCAGCAAAUCCUCCACCAUCUGCAAAUACUACCAGAAGGGACAGUGUGCCUACGGCUCCCGCUGCAGGUAUGACCACGUGAGGCUCCCGGCGGCGGGCGGAGCCGCGGCCCCGCCGCCCCCCGCGGCCCCGGGCAGCCCCCGGGCGCCUCCCGAGCACGGCCCCGCCGCCCCGCGCAGCAGGAGGGAGAAGAGGACGCUGGUGCUGCGGGACAGAAAUCUGUGCGGCCCCAGCGAGGAGCAGCAGCGGCCCAGCGCCCCCAGCGGCCCCGGGGCUGCGGCGUGCUGCGGCCAGCCCGGGGACAGCGAGGAGGCCAAGCCCCUCUCGUACCUGGAGGCCAUCUGCAGCGGGCUGGAGGAGCCCGGCGCCGGCGGCUGCCCCCCGGCCGGCGCUGCCGAGCAGCUGUGUCCCUACGCCGCGGCCGGCGCCUGCCACUUCGGGGAGCGCUGCCUCUACCUGCACGGGCAGCUCUGCGAGAUCUGCGGCCUCCAGGUGCUGCACCCCUUCGACCAGGAGCAGAGGAAGGCCCACGAGAUGAUGUGCAUGGCAACAUUUGAGCACGACAUGGAGAGGGCCUUUGCCAUCCAGGCCAGCCAGGACAAGGUGUGCAGCAUCUGCAUGGAGGUGGUGUAUGAGAAGCCCUCAGCCUCAGAGAGGAGGUUUGGGAUCCUGUCCAACUGCACCCACACGUACUGCCUGUCCUGCAUCCGCCAGUGGAGGUGUGCCAAGCAGUUUGAGAACCCCAUCAUCAAGUCCUGCCCCGAGUGCCGGGUGAUCUCCGAGUUUGUCAUCCCCAGUGUGUACUGGGUGGAAGAGCAGGAGAAGAAAAAUGAGCUGAUUGAAGCAUUUAAGCAAGGAGUGGGGAAGAAGCCCUGCAAGUACUUUGAGCAGGGGAAAGGAACGUGUCCCUUUGGAGGGAAGUGUCUUUACCUGCACGCCUAUCCUGACGGGAGCCGCGCCGAGCCCGAGAAGCCGCGGAAGCAGCUGAGCUCCGAGGGCACCGUGCGGUUCUUCAAUUCCGUGCGCCUGUGGGACUUUAUCGAGGACAGGGAGAGCAGGAGCGCGCCCGGCGCCGACGGCGAGGUGGCCGAGCUGGGGGAGCUGUUCAUGCACCUCUCCGGGGCCGAGGAGGAGCCCGCUGCUGCCCCCUGAGGCCGCACGGCUCCGACCAGCCAUGCUUUUCCUCUCUCCAGCACAGGUAGAAAUAACGUGCCCUGGUGGUUACUUGUGCAGUCCUGGUAAAGUUUUCAGGUAGUUUUUAUAUGGCAACAACAACAAAAACAACAACAGCAACAAAAAAGACUAAAAUAUAUUUUAAAAAAAAGUAAGUUGGCUGCAUGGAAAAAAAUCCCUUAAUCCCAGGAGGGUUUUCUCCCUCUCUGGCCUAACAUAUGCUGUCUUGUGAGCUGAGUGGUAGUGUAAAUACAGGUCCAGUGAAAGCUUAAGCUGGUAAAAACUGUUGCUAAAUAGA